AACGGUGGAGUGGCGCGUCCAUGUGCAUGAUCCAUUCCAGCCUAAACCCUUUUGUAAGGCUCAGCGGCUGUUCAGACACACAGCGGAACCGUUAGACUGGGUUUCUCCUAUCAGAGGCAGUCCACAAUGAUUCAGCAGGAGUGUCAUGCUGCCAUAGUGGAGGACGGAGAGGUCAUAGAUGGAUUGAAGGCGCUCGGGCUGGAACCGCCCAUCGGCGUAAACUCGGAAACCGAGUCGGAGGCCGAAGUCACCACGAUGGAACCGGGAAACAUCGACAUGGGAGCCGAGUCCUUGCCGAACACGGACGAGGCCGAGGCAGCAGAGGUGACGGUGGGUGGUGUUCAGGCUGCAGACGACAACGUUUUCACCACAACAGUUGCCACAUCAGGAAGCCUACCUGAGCACGUACUGAGUGGGAGGACCACUUUGCAGCUGGCUGAAGGUCUCAGUACCCAGAAGGCCACUCUAAUUGUGGUUCACACUGAUAGCAGCAUCGUGGAAGCUGCUGGCCUCAAGUCUGCUGCUGCCAUUGCUCCAGUGUGUCCCUCAGGAUCACAGACCCCGCCCACACCUCUGACCCCUCCCCAGGACAAAGACUCCUGCUCUAAGUAUAACUGGGACCCCUCUGUGUACAACAAUGAGCUGCCAGUCCGCUGUCGGGACACCAGUGGUAUCCUGUACAAAAACCGGCUAGGAUCAGGAGGCAAAGGUCGGUGCAUCAAACACAAUCAGCAGUGGUUCACUCCCACUGAGUUUGAAGGUCUGGCAGGAAGAGCAAGUAGUAAAGACUGGAAGAGGAGCAUCAGAUACGCAGGGAGACCACUGCUCUGCCUCAUACAGGAGCGGAUCCUGAAUCCUCAUGCUGCCUCCUGUACCUGUGCAGCCUGCUGUGAUGACCUAGCAGCGAUAUCUCCUUGUUCAAAGGAGGGAGAGGCUCUGGCUGCAGAAAACAUCAAUAUGACUGGUCCGGUCCGCCUCUUUGUCCCAUAUAAGAGGAGGAAAAAAGACAUAGAUCCUCCUGUUGUUCCUGCCAAGAAAGAACAUCCUCCCACCAAAAACAUCACCCUGACCCCUGGGACAACAUUUACAGUGUCCCCGUCAGGACAGAUUACCACCUCAGGUACCUUGACCUUUGACCGGGCCCCAGCUGGAGAUGCUGCUGCCAUCAUCUCAGACGGACCCACGCAGAACGAAGUGUUCACCAGCACUGCAGUCUUGACAGCGUUACCAGCGUUGGCCGUGUCUCCUCAGCCUGUUCCCACAAAGAUGACGAUAGGGUCGGGUUCUCCGUCAGCAACGGCACUUGUGAGCGGCCUGGAGGUGGGACCUGUUGGAGGAGUGGGUCCUGCGUUGAAUGAGGGACAGAAGAACACCUGGCUUUACCUGGAGGACCUCGCCAACACACUGAUGAACAACGUACAACAGCUGAAGAGUCUGAUUGAACAGGCCAAACAGAGCACAGGGGACAUGGCAGGGGUUAAAGAUCAGGGAGGCAGGAAGGAGUGUGCUCUCAGUCCGUCGUUUCAGGGUCAGAUAUCAUUUCAGCAGACAGACGACUCGGAGACAAAGAGGAACUCUGAAAUCACGGAGCUCAUCAUCAAUCAAAUGUGUGUGAACUGCGGUCGGAUGGCCAUCAGUGAGUGCACCGGCUGCCACAAAGUCAACUACUGCUCCACAUUUUGCCAGAGGAAGGACUGGAAGGAUCAUCAGCUGACCUGCUGUCAAUCAGCAGGGGGCGUGGCCGUACAGGAAGAGGAGCACAUCACAGCCAUGAACAUGGAUAAAGUCAAGUGAGAGCACAGCAGGCCCCGCCCACAGAGCAGCAUCUCAGUGAGGUCAGCUGCUGCAGACAGGAAGUCCUUCUGUUGAAGAUACUGUUAUGGUGAAAGUCUUGGCCAAUGAAGAAGUUCACAGACUGAAAACAGAAACCUCAGUUGGACGUCAGAGGAGAUGCAGCUCAAACAGAAACUAUUUACCUGAGUAUCCAGUCAAACGUGAAACAUUCAGAACACUUGUGUUUCCAUUUUGUGAAUUAAUUUAAAAAUGUUAAUUUAAAGUUUGAACAUUUCCAGAGGCCUGUUUAACUAAAGGCCACAAACGUGAAUAAAAUGUAACAAUAUUCAAAUACAACCUGGUCUUCUCCAGUUCUCAGAGGUAU